GUUAAGGAGACAGGUGGCAUGAUAAAGACUCCUUUUGCUUCUUUCAUCUCACCUCACUACCCCUGCAAAGAGCUGGGUGCAUGCUAUCUGGACAUUUACUCAAGCAUGAUGUUACGCUGAAGUACUUCCACUGCCGGACCCCUGUGGUCCACCCCCAAUGCCCGGUUUGGCGGUGGAGAUAUGACAACAUAGUCACCUCCAGCUACAAAGUACCGCUCUACAGAGUACUGAAUGCAAUCAUAUACUGUGUACUGUUUCUCAUCUAUCGCCUGUACCUUCGAACCCGGGGCACGAUGAUUCAUAGGCUGGAUGCUGCUACACACUCGACAGUGGCACUAUCCCGCCGAGACCGUGGUGCAACACUGGUGACACGAUUCGUACACAGCAAGUGGCGCGGUCUAUCUCUACCCCUGUUCAAACAGCAUCCCAGUACAACCACUUCAUCUUUCAACGAAAUUCCCAGGUUCAAUGAAAGUCUGGACUAUCACAAGAUCCAUGGCGCCACCAUGUACACCAGACACGAAGCCUUCGCUAGUACUAGGCAAACACCCUGCUAGCUGACACCCGUCCACGUUAACCUGCCAUCAAUGCUCGGAGACGAAGACACGCAAUUCAGCCUACUAAAAAUUUCACUAACAACCAGAUGCCCAUAUUCCCACUUCUUGCUGAACCCCCAUGUCCCUGUUACUAUCAUGUGUACAUCUCCUCUGACAUCGCAUGAACCACUCAACCUUUCCAUCCCCGUCUUAUACCCUCUUCACCCAGCAUCUUCCAACGAGCAAGCCCGGCUAGCUCAAUCGGUAGAGCGUGAGACUCUUAAUCUCAAGGCUGCGGGUUCGAGCCCCGCGUUGGGCUGUUC